AUGCACAACUUGCACAAGCCCGACGAGCUGGCGAAAUCGGUGAAACUGACAUCUCGAGAGCGGCGCUUCAUCAAGUUCGCCUCAGUCGAAUACAACGGCCAGCUGUACAUGACGCCGCAGGACUUCCUCGAGUCCGUGGUGGAACAGGAGCCUAGACCCCGACUGAAGCGGCGAAUCCUAACGACCAAAGAGAUAGAACAGCUGAGGGACAGCACGCCGGCCCUGAAGAAGGGCUCCCCACAAAUGUUCCGCAACCAACGGGACCGGGGUAAGACAUCCUGGGUGUCAUUUUCUCACUUAAUGGUCUCAUUGACUAAGCCGGCAUCCGGUUUCCAGAUAGCCUUCAACAUGUUCGACACGGACGGCAACCAAAGAGUAGAUAAGAAUGAAUUUCUAGUCAUCCAGCGGUUGCUCGGGGGCUCGUUCAGGGAGCGAAAGAACCUGGACGCGAAGAGCAAGGAAGCUAUGGAGAAAAUCUUCAGCUUCGCAUGGCGCGGCAAGCGCGGGAUAGAGAGCCAAGAUGGUGGCGACGCCGACAAGCCGCAAGACUCGUACGUCAACGACGAGCAAGGGUUGCAGCGGCGACACAACGUCGACACGCUGCUGCAGGUCCAUUUCUUCGGGAAAAAGGGCACUAGCGACCUGAAGUUCGACGGCUUCAAGCAGUUCAUGGAGAACUUGCAGACUGAAGUGCUGGAGCUCGAGUUCCAAGAAUUCGCUAAAGGUCACGAAACAAUAUCCGAAGUGGACUUCGCAAAGAUCCUCCUCCGCUACACAUACCUCGAUACAGACGAAUACGACAUGUACUUAGACCGUCUUCUAGACCGCAUGAAACUCGAACGGGGCAUCACCUUCCCGGAGUUCAAGACUUUCUGCCAGUUCCUAAAUAAUUUAGAUGACUUUACCAUUGCUAUGAGGAUGUAUACGCUGGCUGACCAUCCUAUCUCCAAAGAUGAGUUCCACCGCGCCGUAAAAAUCUGCACGGGCAUCUCCCAGUCGGAGCACCUCGUGACCACCGUGUUCGCUAUCUUCGACGCGGAUGGUGAUGGCCUGCUCAGCUACAAGGAGUUCAUCGCCAUCAUGAAGGACCGCCUGCACCGCGGGUUCAAGUCGUAUGCCAAGAACGAGGGCUGGGAGGCGUUCAAGACCUGCGUCAAGCAAGAAAUGAAGAGCUCCGUUUAGCCGUAUUACAACAAUAUAGCUCAAUUAUUGCCAUACCUAUGCCUUUAAAUCUCCUACAAUUUGGUCAACUAAUAGAUCUCAACUAAUUAAAAUUUCUUAAUAACUGUAGAACGGCUUUCCUUGUAAUUUUUUAAUAUAAAAAAAAAUUGAAAUUUGAAUCUUUGAAAAAUAAGAUCAUCGCAAAAAAACUAAUUAUGAAACUAGUUAUUGGACCCGUGUAUUUCUAACUUGUUUUUUAGGGAUCUACAAAAAUUCAUCCUUUUACUCGUUACAUGAUUUUGAUUAAUUAUUACUUAUUAGAAAAAUGUUAUAAAAGAAUUGAAUAAUAAAGGCAUUUAUUUUCCUGUAAAAUACUUCUUGUAAAUACAAAAUAUUUUAAACUCUU